AUGGCAGCUGGAGAGGAUUUGGCUGGAGGUAAUAGCGUGGCUUGGCAAAGCUUGAGGUUUCCACCGGACUGACAUCCACACUGGGGACACUUGGAGGCUGGAAUCCUGAGACAGGGAGAGGCAAGUUAAACACGAGGCCAGACUUGAACACGGAACCAUGAACUAGACUUGAGACCAGGUAUAGUCACCAUAAAGGGCAACAAACUGGCGUUGGCUAAUGCGUCUGGAUCUCCUUAAGAGCAGAAGCAGGUGAUGAGGUGAAUAGGUCCCAGCUGGUGGAGUCAGGAGCAGAGCAGGAGGGGGAGGGGGAGGAGACUGACAGGCACCAUAAAAUUGAGUUGUAUAAAUCUGUGUGAAUUAUUUAUUGCUUUGACUGCAAUGCUUGAAGUCAAUCAAUUAUCCUCAUUUAUACCAUGGUCCGGGUGAAUACUCGAUUCUGAUUGGCUGCUGGGUAUGCGUUAAAACCUGAUAACCGCACGGUGAAAAAAGAAGUUCCGGUCACAUAUCACUGCGCUAGAAUAAACUUAAAACAUACGUUAAAAGACGUUAUUUCAAAUUUUACAACAACACAGCAAAAGACAUGAGUGAUUUUGUUGUUUCUUUUAACUUGUUCGGUGAAUUUGAUAAUUUUGAUGACUGGGAUGCAGCCACAGAGAAAGAGAGACAAGAACAUCAAAAGAGGGAGAGGAGACACAAAAAAGUGUCACCGGAAGAAUUGAACUAUUUGGAAGAUGACAAGGAUGAGGUAAACACAAAGAAAAUCACGAAAUGGGCAGUUAAUAUAUUUCAAGAAUUCCCGGCUCAAAAAAACAUGGAUAUUAACUUUGAAAACUACACUGCCACCACUCUCAAUGAGAGUCUGCGGCUUUAUAUGCGUCUGUUCAGUCCACUAAGGAAGAAGGAGAGUACAGUGUUGCCAGUCUGAGGAGCUUGAGAGCCGGCAUCAAUCGCCACCUAAGAGACGUCAACAUCAUCAGCGACACCGUGUUUAAGAGCAGCAAUGCGGUUUUUAAGGCAAUAAUGAAGCGCUACAGAAAGAGUGGGAAAGACACCAGCUCCCACCAUCCUCGUAUUCCUGAGUCGGACCUGGAGAAAAUCAGAUGCUCAUCUGCGCUGUCUCCCGACACGCCCCUCGGCCUCGUCAGAAAGGUGUGGUUUGACAUCCAGCUGUGUUUGGCUCGACGUGGGAGGGAGGGGUGCCGUGAGCUGACCAUGGCAUCUUUCAGCAUCCACAGAGACGAGGCAGGCGCGGAAUACCUCAGCCUAUCACAUAAUCCGGACACUAAAAACCACAAAACUCCAAACGACCCACACAAGCAAAACCUAAGAGGUUUUAUGUUUGCAAGACCCGGGGAUCCUCUGUGCCCAAUACAAAGUUUCAAGAAAUACAUCUCUAAAUGUCCCCCAGAUGCAAAAUCUUUUUAUCUGCAUCCGAAGCGCUCCGUCACUGCAGCAGCUGAGGUUUGGUACUCCAGGGAACCGAUGGGUGUCAACUACCUGGGAGCAAUGCUAAAAAAAAUUAGUGAAGAGGUGGGUCUGUCGCAGAUUUACACAAACCACAGCCUGCGGAGCACGGCUGUGGGUCGACUCUCAGACGCCGGUCUGGAAUCACGCCAAAUCAUGUCUGUGACGGGGCACCGCUGUGAAAGCAGCCUGCAGGCUUACUGGGCUCCGUCACUCCAGGAGAGGAGAGAAUGGAGCAACAUUUUGUCGUCCCGCAACGUCGCCACAAGCAGUGGUCAGGGUCCACAAAAACUAAAUAUUGGUCCUUCGAACAGCAAUAUGAUGGACAUGCCAGUAUCUCUGUCAAAUUUUACGAUUAAUGCCAAUGUUGAAUUUAAUUUUAAAUAAAUAAUUCUGUCUUCCUAAAGCCGACUUUUUUGUUCGGUUCAAAGUUAACAGGCUCGAUGUAAAAUAACUUAUUAAUUAAUAAAACCGUUUUUGUUGUUGUUGUUGACAGCUAAUGUUCAGCUUUAUUGUUAGAGAUUUCUUAUAAUAAAAUCUUGGAAGCUA